AAAAAAGAAACUCGAGAGAUGGUAAUCUGCCAAUCGAAUCCAUGUAUUAUAAUAAACGAGUCCAACGAACAAAUUGCCACUUUUUAAUCGAAAAAUAUAAAUACAAGGUAUAAGUUUAUACUCCGAUCAGUCUACUUUCUGUCGUUGUUAUUAUGUGAAUGAUAUCACAUCGCUCCACAAUUUGCCCCGUCGUAAAAAAAAAAAAACAUACACACACACACACACGUAGAGCCGCUACCACCCCCGCGCGCGCAUCGAAAAAAAGUAAACCAACGGCAUACUACCUAUAAGAGUUCUGUAUACACGUAUGUAGGUAUAUAUGUAAGCGCUGCCGCGUCGCGUUGUAUUUGCAUUAAAAUGACCGCGCGCUUGGAGGCUCGCUCGGGGGUUUAUUUUAUAUCUCGACCGAGCGAUCCGCGGCCCGCUACUAGUCCGUCUCUAGUCCGUCCGUCCGUCCGUCCAUCCAUCCAUCCAUUCAUCUAGAGGCCUAUAUAGCCUCUCUAGGCGCGCACACGCUCACUCGCAAUUAAGUGUCGGCAGACCUACAUACAAUGCCCUCGCGCCCAAUAAACCCAGCCGCCAACCACCCCCGCUUUACAAGGUACCUGCUCUAUGUAUGUAUGUAUAUGUAGUGCGAGCGCACCGCGCCGAGCGCGGCACGUAUGAAAUAGCAACAAAAAAAAAAGAAAAAAAAAAGAGUAUCGAUCAAACUCGGGCGCGCGCGCUAAGGUAGCGGCGGCGGGGGCUUUGAGUCCGCGAGGGCCGAGAGUAGUACUCUAAGCUCUUCUAUACACCUGUGCGCACCCACAUAGAAUACGACGACGAGGACGCUUGGUGCACAGUGUUUUCAUUGACACGCGUGUGAUUUUUGAAAGUUUAAUAAAGCAAAAGAAAAAAAUAACAUGCCGACGAAAAAGAAGAAGGGAAAGGCCUCGAAGCUGGCCAGAAUGAGCGACGAGGAGAGGGCCAGGUACCUGCAGCACCGGGCGGACGUCGAACUCGAGGCCAAGAGGAGAAAGCAACAGCUGAUCGCCGCCUUCGCCAAGAACAAGCUCAGACGCGAGGAGGCCUUCACUCGGAUCAACACCGCCAAGCUGAACGAGCAGUGGCGGGCCAGUCUGCGGCGCAUCAAGUGCUCCGAGCUCAAAGACUGCGUGAAGCAUCUCUGGCGCGAGUUCGAGGAGCUGCUGAAACGCAAGGACGACUUCGUGCGCCGUAUGUACGACGAGCUGCUCGAGGCCGAUCUGGAUCAUCGUCGCUUUCAGGAGGCCCACAUGGCCUGCCUCGACGACAUCAUCGACAAGGGCAAGGAGCGCGUCGACUAUCUGCGCCGCAAUUACGAGGAGUCGAUCCAACGCAUCGAGAUCGUCGAGAUCGAGCAUCUGAGGAAGCACCGGCUCGAGAUGAAGGAGUCGCUGGUGAAUCUCAAGACCAUCAUCUUCGCCAAGAGCAAGCACCUGGAGGAGGAGCUGGCCGAGCUCAGGACCAAGAACGCCGUCAAUCUGCACAAUCUCGUCUUCUCCAAGGAGGAGUCGCUGCUCAAGCUCAAGCAGCGCAUGCACCCGAAGAUGGAGUCGCUGUGGCGUCAGCUCAACGAGGCGAUCGCCAAUUACGAGCGCACCACCGAGAGCAAGCGCAAGCAGUACGAGUACCUCAAGGAGCAGGACGAUCAGCACAGGGCGGAAUCGGCGCGAUUCCCGCGUCGGCACGCCGAGCUGAAGCGCAGCGUCGAGCACUGGAAGCGCAGUCUGGUGCAGCUGGCCCUCGAUCGCGAGGAGACCAUCGACGAGCUGAGGCUGCAGGCCGAUCUGCUGAUCAAGCAGGUGGGCCGAAUGCGGCAGGACAUCAAGUCCGCCCAGAAUCUCGACGCGCUGCAGCUCAAGAGGCUGAGCGUGCUGAGCAGCGAGGCGAUCACGGAAUUGGAACGAGUCAUGGACAAGGUGACGGAGAUACAGACGAUGGCGCAGCUCUGCUCCGAGCUCGAGCCCGUCACCCUCAAAGUCAAGAAGUACUCGCUCAAGAACUUCGAGCUCGCCAAGGACCUGCUGAAGAUCAAGGACGAGCCCUUCGGCUUUCUCAAGAAGAUCGAGGGCUUUCGCGAUCAUCUCUACUGCGUGAUCGAGGAGAACAAUCUGCUGAAACGCGAGCGCCUCGGCCUCGCCGAGGAGAACGAUCGGCUCAAGCACUCGCUGCGCGCCUAUCUCAUCACCGUGACCAGGGUGCCGACCAUCAGGCCGAGGACGCGAGCUUAGACGAUGACAGCCGGGGUGUUCGUUAUCGUUGUUAUUAACGAGAAAAUAAUUGGAGGAAAAUCAGAGUAAAUGAAAGAUUUUAAUUCGAAUCGAGUUUUUAAAGGUGCGCGGAAGGGGAUUAUAUUGUAUAUUUUUUCGAGGAUUAUAACGAGCCCGGGAAAAUGAAUGGUCCAGAGAUUUUCUUGGUAGUUUAUAAAAUGUUAUAUUUUAUUCGUAAAAAAAGAAGCAGAAGAAGAAGAAACAAUCAAGAAAAGAAUGCUACAAUUUACAA